AUGGCGGCCUCGUCGUCUUCAUCGACACCGCUACCUGCGCCGCCAGCCGAGCUCAAAGCACUCGCGCCCUUUCUGCAGAGGGCCAAUGAGCUGGCAAAGGCUGACACGGUCAUGAGCUACUGGGCCCUCUACCACGCAGCUCAGCUAGGAGUGGCAGUGACCGCAAAGGCUCAGGACAAGGAGACGAGACCUUUCUUGUACAGUCUCAUGGAUAGAUUGGAGGAGCUCAAGGCUACGCUGGCCAACAACGACGCAGCGACAUCGGACGAGGCGGGCUCAGCCUACGUAGAGAACUUUGCACUCAAGGUCUUCGUGGGCGCAGACAAUGAGGAUAGGAGCGGCAAAGCAGACCGCAAUACCGCCAGAAAGUUCUUGGCGGCCAGCAACUUCUUUGAACUGUUGACCAUCUUUGGCUCCUUGAGCGAGGAGUCGUCGGAGAAGCGCACAUAUGCCAAGUGGAAGGCAGCAGAAAUCUCGCGGGCCAUCAAGGAAGGUCGCAAACCCGCGCCAGGCCCACCAGGC